AUGGAUUCAGACAAUUCAGAUAAUUACGUUCAAGAAUUUUGGGAGUUGGUUGAAGAAGAAUUUAUGUACGACAGUGAUGAAGAACAACAACUUCAGAAUGAGGUCGUGAAGAAGGGGACAAUCGAUUAUUCAAUGACUACUUCUCGAAAAACCCAGUAUACACAGAUGUUCAAUUUUGAAGAAGGUUCAGAAUGCAUAGGCAUGUAUUUCUUCGAAUUUUAG